AUUGUGAACACAAGUAUACGCAGAACACCAACAUUUUUUUUUCAAACAUCUACAGAAAUUUAAAUCCUUACUAUGAAAAGAAAAGUAAUUACAAAAUAUCAGCGUAUGAAUACGUCGGGAACCGGAAUGAUUGAAAUCGAGAGAUUUAAAAAAUGUUCAAAAACUUUCAUCAUCAAGAACAGCAAGAAAUAUACAGACUAUAAAUCAUUUUUUAGUUAUAUUUCAGAUAAGCUAAUUUCUAAGUUGAAAAAAUCAUGUUUAAAUACAUCGAUAAAAUUUAAUAUACAUGUUGACACUGUUUACGAACGUCCAGUAACCCAUGAUAUUCAGGAUAUGGCUUUUAAAACUUCAAACAUUUUAGCAUGUAGUUCAUCUGAUUUUACUAUUUUAUUGAACAGAAUGUUUAAUAAAAUAUUAACUGAGGAAUCAGAAUUUAUUGCAAAAGGUUCAGGUUGGUCACUUGUAUCAAUAGAUGGGUUACAAUUAAGAAUUAAUUUAGUAAACCCUUUGAAAGGAAGUUCAUAUAUUGAUUUACCUAUAUUUAUAAAAAAAAAAAAAGCCAUUAUAAAUGUUAGAAAUAAAGAUGAAUAUUGUUUUAAAUAUUCUAUACUUAGCAAAUAUGAUAAACGUUCGAAUAAAUCACGAUUUAACCAAACGUAUUUCAAUAUUCUAGAAAAAAAAAGUGGAUUAAAUUUUAAAUGUAUUGAUUUUCCGACACCAAUAAAACAAAUAAAAAAAUUUGAACGUCUAAACAAUGUUUCAGUUAAUAUUUAUAGUUUAAAUAAUAAAAGUAAUAUUUUUCCUUUAUGUAUAAGUAAAAUAGAAAGAAAAAAUCAUUUUGAUCUAUUUUUAUACAAUAACGAUAAAACAUUACAUUAUUGUUAUAUUAAAGAUUUCUCAAGAUUUAUUAGAAGUCAGAAAACUAAAAAUUGUUCUAAGUUAAUUAUUUGUAAGAGAUGUUUUACAAUUUUCGGGAAUAAACCGUGUAAAAGUAAACUUUGGGGUGAAGAAGGAUUGAUUAAACAUAAGCAAAUGUGUGAUAAGAAUGAAUUAGGAAGACCAAUAAUGUUUGAAGAAGGAAAAGAUGAUGAAUUCAUAUAUUUUAAAAGUUAUAAAAAAACCAAUAGAAUACCGUUUGUUAUUUAUGCUGACUUUGAAUGUAUUUUAAACCCUAAACAGACUAUAGAGUUGAAUAAAAGUAGUAAAAAAUCUAAGGUUUCUAAAACCCAUAUUACUCAUUUACAUGAAAUUAUGAGUUAUGCGUUUUAUGUAAAAGUUGACUAUGACAGUAUAACAGAAAAGCUAUUGCAUCAAUUUAAAAUUCCAACAAAGAUAAUAAUGUAUAGAGGUAAAGAUGCAGCAAAAAAGUUUAUGGAAAAUAUGAUCGAUAUUGGAAAAAAGAUAAAUGAUGUAUAUGAAAUUAAUAUACCAAUGACUACAUUGACUGAAACGGAAGAAAAACAAUUUCAGAGAGCGGAGGUUUGUGAAAAAUGUUUAUUAUCUUUUAAAAAAAAUAAUUUAUUAAAGGUUAGAGAUCACUGUCAUUUUACUGGUAAAUAUAGACAAUGCCUUUGUCUUAAAUGUAAUUUUGUAAUAACUAAUCCAUCAUUUGUUCCAAUUUUUUUUCAUAACUUAUCCUACGAUAGUCAUUUUAUAAUUCGAGAACUUGGUUGUGAUAAUAAUGAUAUCCAUGUUAUUCCGAAUUCAUCAGAAAAAUAUAUAUCCUUUAGCAAAGAAAUUGCUCCCAGAUUUAGUAUAAAGUUUGUUGACACAUUCCGUUUUAUGGCCUCCUCAUUAAGCGAACUUGCAGAAAAUUUGUCUGAAGAUAAAUCAAGGUUUAGAGAAACUCUAAAAAUAUUUUCUAAUAAAAAAUUAGAUUUAGUCACACGAAAAGGGGUUUUUCCUUAUGAAUAUAUUGAUAGUUGGAGUAAAUUAAAUGAAACUCGUUUGCCUCCGAAAUCUGUAUUUUAUAACUCUUUAAAAGAUGAAGAAAUUAAUGAUGAUGAUUAUUCUCAUGCUAAAAAAAUAUGGAGAGUAUUCGAUUUAAAAACUUUGGGUGAAUAUAGCGACCUUUACUUGAAAACUGAUGUAAGUAUAUUAACGGAUGUAUUUGAAAAUUUUAGAGAUUUAUGUUUAUCUACUCUUAAACUAGAUCCUGCUCAUUAUAUGACUGCUCCAGGAUUUGCUUUUGAUUGUAUGCUUAAAUAUACUAAGGUUAAAUUAGAAAGAUUAAAAGACUUUAACAUGCUUUUGUAUUUCGAAAAUUCGAUCCGAGGUGGAAUAACUCAAUCAACUAAAAGAUAUGCUAAAGCGAACAUACCAAACAUUAAAGGUUUGAACUAUAAUCCGAAUAAACCAAUUACAUGGUUAACGUAUCUCGAUUGCGUGAAUUUAUAUGGAAAGUCGAUGUUAACUGAACUACCUUUUAAAGAUUUUGAAUGGGUUGAUGACUUGGAUAUAGAUGUUACAAAAAUUCCAAACGAUUCAAAAGUUGGUUAUAUAUUAGAAGUCGAUAUUGAU